AUGGACCCCAAACCCCUCCCGCACCUGCAAACCUACACGGCCGAAACCCACGCCGACCGCACCGCCGCCCUCCGCCUCGUCGCCGACAGCAUCGCUCAGCAGCGCCAAACGGCCGCCAAAGCACUCAUCACCCACCCGCUCAAUCUAUCCGUGUACCUCGCCGCCGUGGCCAUCGUGGCGAAAUCCCUCUGGCGCACCCAGGACGACUUGUUCCUUUUGCUCACCACCCUCGCGGGCCUGACGUCCAUCUACCUCGUCGCCAUCCGCUUCGCCGUCGGCGGCUAUCUCGCGCUGGCGGAGCAAAUUGGGUGGGACUGGUUGGGCGAGGACCGCGUGUUGGUGGUUAAGUGGGGGGAGGAGAUCAUCGGGGCGGUGGUGCUGGGGUGGGCGGAUAAUAGCGAGGGGGCGAGGAAGAGGGGGACGAGGAGGAGGAGGGGGAAGGCGGUCGUUAGGGCUUGGACGGUCAAGCUCAAGUAUAGGGGUAAAGGGGUUGGGGAGGCCUUACUGGAGGAGGCAGUGAAGGUUGCGGGGGAGAGGGGUGCGGAUGGGAUUGUCUGGGAUGGUGAGCAUGCUAAUUCGAAGCGUAUCCUGCCUUGGAUCUAUAACGGGUUCCUCGACAAGCAGGAGCGCCGUGCAGAGAAGAAGCUGGAGAAAGUUGCUGAUGAGAAAGGGAAUUUCAGGCAGAGGCGGUCGUCGCCGACGUGGGGGAGUCGUUGA